AUGGCGCGAGGAGACGCCCCACAAGACAGCUACCACCUGGUCGGGAUCAGCUUCUUUAUCCUGGGCCUGGGCACGCUCCUUCCCUGGAACUUCUUCAUUACGGCCAUCCCGUACUUCCAGGGCCGGCUGGCAGGGGCCAACACCACCACGGGGACCCUGGACAGCAACCACACCGGCCCUGCCGACACCUUCAACUUCAACAACUGGGUGACGCUGCUGUCCCAGCUGCCCCUGCUGCUCUUCACGCUCCUCAACUCCUUCCUGUACCAGUGCGUCCCUGAGACGGUGCGGAUUCUGGGCAGCCUGCUGGUCAUCCUGCUGCUCUUUGCCCUGACGGCGGCGUUGGUCAAGGUGGACAUGAGCCCUGGGCUCUUCUUCUCCAUCACCAUGGCGUCUGUUUGGUUCAUCAACUCCUUCUGUGCAGUUCUGCAGGGCAGUCUCUUCGGGCAGCUGGGCACCAUGCCUUCCACCUACAGCACCCUCUUCCUCAGUGGCCAGGGCCUGGCUGGGAUCUUCGCUGCCCUGGCCAUGCUCAUGUCCAUGGCCAGUGGCGUGGAUGCCCAGACCUCCGCCCUGGGGUACUUCAUCACACCCUGCGUGGGCAUCUUCAUGUCCAUCGUGUGUUACCUGAGCCUGCCCCACCUGGAGUUUGCCCGCUACUACCUAGCCAAGAAACCGUCACAGGCGCCAGGGCAGGAGCUGGAGACCAAAGCUGAGCUCCUCCAGUCUGAUGAGAAGAAUGGUAUUCCCAACAGCCCCCAGAAGGUAGCCCUGACUCUGGAUCUGGACGCUGAGAAGGAGCCAGAGCUGGAGCCUGAGGAGCCCCAGAAGCCAAGAAAACCUUCAGUUUUCAUUGUCUUCCAAAAGAUCUGGUUGACAGCGCUAUGCCUUGUGCUUGUCUUCACUGUCACUCUGUCUGUGUUCCCUGCAAUCACGGCCAUGGUGACCAGCUCCACCAGUCCUGGGAAGUGGAGUCGGUUCUUCAACCCCAUCUGCUGCUUCCUUCUCUUCAACAUCAUGGACUGGGUAGGACGGAGCCUGACCUCCUACUUCCUGUGGCCGGACGAGGACAGCCGGCUACUGCCUCUGCUUGUCGGCCUGCGAAUCCUGUUCGUGCCACUCUUCAUGCUGUGCCACGUGCCCGAGAGGUCCCGGCUGCCCAUCCUCUUCCCACAGGAUGCCUACUUCAUCACUUUCAUGCUGCUCUUCGCUGUAUCCAACGGUUAUCUGAUGUCCCUCACCAUGUGCCUGGCGCCCAGGCAGGUGCUACCACACGAGAGGGAGGUGGCUGGCACGCUCAUGACCUUCUUCUUGGCCCUGGGGCUCUCCUGUGGAGCCGCCUUUUCCUUCCUCUUCAAGGCUCUGCUCUGAAGUGUUCCGUCCAGGGCUCGCCCACAGCUCUCUCCUCGCUGCCCCUUCGGAGCUGAGACCCCAACGCAGGGGGAAUGGCGAGCCAGGUUCAAGCCUCUGCUGGGCGGGGGCCCCUUGGUCUGGAGGUGCCAGGAGGAGGUGGGGUGCUGCUCUCCUUCCCUGGCUGGUGUCCACUUGGGAGCUGCAAGGAAAAAUUCACCAGCGGUCAUUCUGACCCUCCCCCAGGAAUGGAGCCAACACACGGAGACGGACUGUUUAGAGACGCACAAGACCUCAUCCCAAGGGCGCCAAUCAGGGAAAAGAGGGCCAAGAGUAUAUCUGUUAAUUUCAAGAAAUGCACUUGCUAACCUGUGGGGAUCGGAGGCCACCAGUGGGGUCUUGCCAAGGGUGUGGCUGGUGGGGCCC